AUUAAAUAAUAAAGCCUUCGAUUUUGGAAAUCCAUUCUCUUCCUUGUCUAGUUUGUUCUCUGCAUCUAUGGGAUCUCGUGCAUAGACCAACCCCAGAAGAAGAAGAAGAAGAAGAAGGAAAUAAAUAAAAAAAAAAAUUAACCUUUUGUAAAUCCCCACCUUUUUUUCUGCUAACGAUUUCUUUUUUCUUUCUUAGUUUCUGUAUCAUCUUUGUCGAUCGUAAUUCGGUUUGAUCUUUCUCUCUCAAUUUGAUAAUUGUGUUGUGUUGCUUUUGGAUUUUAAUUUUCCCAAAAAAAAUCUUGAAAUUUAAUGGUGAUUGAAUUUUGUUCAGGGUUUGGGGGUUAGGUUUAGGGUUUGUUUCUCAUGGGUGUGGUGGUUGAAGGUUCAUCUGGGGUUAGUGCCGGCCAUGUAUGACCUUCCUUGGGAUUUAAUUAGGUUUUGGAAUUUGGUGCUUGGUUAUCUCCAAUCUACUGUGGGACUCCUUUCUGUUUCUUCAUUCCACUUAGUUUAAAUUUUUUUUGUGAUUGAUUUGGUUUGGAUGCGUGCAAUUGGAAUGUUCUGCAAUUGCCCUGUUCUUUUUAGUGAAACAGAGGUUUGUGCGUGAAAAUCAUUACUUUUUUGCUUGAUUAUCUAUAUAAAUUUGUGUGGUAGAUGUCUUAUUUGGCAAAUAAGGGGUUGUUGUUGUUCAUGAAUCUUGUGAACUUGCAACACUUUGUGGCUUGAUAUUUCUGUAUGGGAUUUUGUUAUUUUUCUUGAUGUCUAUUUUUAUUCUAUUAUUGGUUUCUACUUAUAAUAUUUGAUAUACGGGCGAAGAAUCGAAUUUGAUACUCUAUGUUAUGAUCCAUGUCCAUUUGAUUGAUUAUAUGACUUAAUAGUGCUAAUGGCUGCCAUGCUUUAGGACUUUUGAAGAGUAUGUGGGAUAGACAUCCUGAAUGUGUAAAAUUUGAUUUGAUUUUCCAGAGUACUUGAAAUGUUGGGUUUUAUUGGAUAAGAAGAAUUCUUGCCUACACUGCUAACCUUACCUUUUUUUGGCUAUUACCAAUGCAGUAAUCCUUACUUACAUUUUUACAACUCACCCUGAUAAUGUCUUUGUAAUUUCCUGAACUUUUCUGUCCUCACCAUCAUGAUAUAUCCGGAGUGUUGCUUCUGUAACAAUAAUGCACUGAAGUGCUUUUGUUUCUCAUUUAUUUUCCUGCAUGCUCAUUUGAGUUUUACUCAAAUAACUAGAAAAACUCAUUCCCACAUAUAUGACAUUUCAUUAUGUCAGUUCCAUUCAUAUCCUCUGCUGGGUUGAAUCCAUGUUGACUUGUUUGAUCUUAGAUGCAAAACAAAAAUAAACGGGAGUCUGCAUCACAUAAUCCAUGUUGACUUCUGGUAAUGUGAUCUGGCAUACUAGGUAUAAACUUGUGAGAAUAGUAAACACUCUUAGUAUCAUCUCAUUCUAAGUAUAGUGUUGGGUUAAUGAAUCAGUUUGAUUGAACUGUCCUUAUUUCUCUGUAUAUAUGGUUCUGUUUCUAAUUGACGAUUUGUAGAUUUUAAACUUAAUUGUUAUUGAAAUUUAUUGGAUUGAGAUCUUGUGUUGCUGAACAUGGUCUUUUUCUUCUUUUUUUUAUGGUGUACCCGCAGAUUUUGGGGCUUGUUGGUGAUUCUGUUGUACAGAAGUGUUCGUUAGUUAUACAUGUGUCCAAGAUUAUUGUAUACAUUGAUUCAUUUUUAGUAUCGUACUUUGGAGCAUUGCAUGAGGGAUUGCCCUCUGAUUCUUUUGUGAAGUCAUCUAAAGUUCUUAUAAUUACAAACUGAGCCAGAAGCUGGUAGUGAAUAUAGCUAGAGCUUAUCGCCUUGUUAACACCUUGCGAAGAAGAUGGCUGGUGUUAAGAGAAGAUUAUGUAGUGAUUCAGAUAUCCAUGCUCUUCACAAAGAACUGGAUGAAGUUUCAUGUCCUAUCUGCAUGGACCAUCCACAUAAUGCUGUUCUCCUACUUUGCAGCUCUCAUGAGAAGGGCUGCAGAUCAUACAUUUGUGAUACAAGUUAUAGACAUUCAAAUUGCCUGGACAGAUUUAAAAAAAUGAGGGACAAUUCUAAGGAGAACCAAAAUUUACCCAGUUCUUUAGUUAACACAAACAAUUCUGGUAAUAGUUUUGAUAUUAACAUUACUAUGCAAUCUGACAUGCAUGAUGUUAAUGAACUCCAUGCAAAUGAAAUUAAUACUCUAUUGUCUGUUGGACUUGCACAAGGAUCAAGACAGGGUGAUGCCCAAGAUCCAAGUAGGCAUUUAAACCAACAUGAUGAAGGAAUUUUAGAAACUGCUGAUUCUGAGACCUUGCAGGACAGGGCUGUGCUUGAGGAUUUAGAUGCAGAUAAUUCAUCUGAUUCAAAAUUGAAACUAAAAUGCCCUUUGUGCCGAGGUGCAGUAUUGAGCUGGGAGGUGGAUGAAGAGGCUAGAAACUAUCUGAACGUGAAGAAGAGAAGUUGCUCAAGGGACUCAUGCUCAUUUGUUGGUGAUUAUCUGGAACUGCGAAGGCAUGCAAGGAGAGUUCAUCCUACUUCUCGACCCUCUGACAUUGAUCCUACAAGAGAAAGAGCGUGGCGAAAUUUUGAGCGCCAGAGAGAAUAUGGCGAUAUUAUGAGUGCUAUUCAGUCUGCCAUGCCAGGAGCUGUGCUGGUUGGAGACUAUGUUCUUGAGAAUGGAGAUGGUAUUGGUAGGUUAUCAGAUGAACGUGAAGGCAACAUCAGCAAUGCAAAUGGACCUUGGUUAACCACCACUAUAUUGUUUCAAGUGAUGGAUAGUACCAUUGAAAUAGUUAGGGAACCAAGAGCUCAUUCAAGUACAUGGACAAGGCACCGGCGUUCGUCUGAACGCCGGCGCUAUCUUUGGGGUGAAAAUUUAUUGGGUCUUCAUGAAAACGACAUUGAAGAUGAUCUUAGGAUAUUCAGUGAUGCAGGUGAAGAUCCAUCCCCUGUCCCAAGGAGGCGAAGGCGUUUGACCCGGACAAGAUCCAAUGAAGAUCAACCACGAUGAUUGCCAUCACUUACUUGAAUUGUUUGAACUUGUUCAAAGUUAUGUGGGAAAUGCAUGCAUUCAGACCUAUGUUCCAGCUUGGGACCCAGAAGAAUAUGCUGAAGCAGCAAGUUCAGAAUAAAGCAUAUUCGUUUGCUUGAACAUUAGUUUCAUUGAAACAAGGAGAAUCUCAGAAGGAUGUUUUCAAAAACACGUUUAUUGUAAAAUGCAUAUAGCCUUGGAAACACUAAACAUUUGGUGUUUUGGAAGGUUGUUCCACUGUUAAUAUAGUUAUCAUGCAUAAUUUGUACUUUGAACCUAUGCUGCUGUUCAAUCCUUAUCUGAACUAAAUCGUUUGCUUUGAGCUGGGGAA